GCCGAGGGACCCCGCGAAACCCGGCGCCUGGGCACAAAGGCGGAGACUGUGUGCUGCUGAGCUCGCAGGGAGCCAGCGGGUUCCUGGGCAGGCAGCGAUCGCAGCCCUGAGGGAGCUGAGGCAGGAGGAUUGCCGCGAGUUCGAGGCCAGCCUGGGCCACGGAGCAGCUGAAGGCCUUUGAUAAUGAAGUCAAUGCUUUCUUGGACAACAUGUUUGGACCACGAGAUUCUCGAGUUCGAGGGUGGUUCCUGCUGGACUCUUACCUUCCCACCUUCAUCCUCACCAUCACGUACCUGCUCUCGAUAUGGCUGGGUAACAAGUACAUGAAGAACAGGCCUGCUCUGUCUCUCAGGGGCAUCCUCACCUUGUAUAACCUCGCAAUCACACUUCUUUCUGCAUAUAUGCUGGUGGAGCUCAUCCUCUCCAGCUGGGAAGGAGGUUACAACUUGCAGUGUCAGAAUCUCGACAGUGCAGGAGAAGGUGAUGUCCGGGUAGCCAAGGUCUUGUGGUGGUACUACUUCUCCAAACUCGUGGAGUUCCUGGACACGAUUUUCUUUGUUCUUCGAAAAAAGACCAAUCAGAUCACCUUCCUUCAUGUCUAUCACCACGCGUCCAUGUUUAACAUCUGGUGGUGUGUUUUGAACUGGAUACCUUGUGGUCAAAGCUUCUUUGGACCAACCCUGAACAGUUUUAUCCACAUUCUCAUGUACUCCUACUACGGCCUGUCUGUGUUCCCGUCCAUGCAUAAGUACCUUUGGUGGAAGAAGUACCUCACGCAGGCUCAGCUGGUGCAGUUCGUACUCACCAUCACGCACACGCUGAGUGCUGUGGUGAAGCCCUGUGGCUUCCCCUUUGGCUGUCUCAUCUUCCAGUCUUCCUAUAUGAUGACGCUGGUCAUCCUGUUCUUAAACUUCUAUAUUCAGACAUACCGGAAAAAGCCAGUGAAGAAAGAGCUGCAAGAGAAAGAAGUGAAGAAUGGUUUCCCCAAAGCCCACUUAAUUGUGGCUAAUGGCAUGACGGACAAGAAGGCUCAAUAAAGUGAAGUGUUGGGGAACACAAACUGAGGUGGUGGCGGUGGCGGCAGCGAACAGAUGAGCUUGUUUUAAAGCAGAGACUGAAUAGAAAGUUGUAAGUUUUAGCAUAAACUAAUUCCUUUUGAGUUUGUAAAUCAUUUGUACCCAGAAUGUAUUAUAAUAUAUUGCUAUUAGGUUACUCAACUAACUGGAGCCAUGCCGACCUCUACAAACCUCAGAGCAGGUGCACAGCCCCCUCUCCGGAGCGCUUUGUAAUGCCUUAUUCAUGACGAAAUCCAGGAGACUCGGGCUUUGUUUCCUCGUGGCAAGUCUUCAGAGUUAAUUUUCUUUAGAUUAGAUGUGUAAAACUGUUCCUUGUAGUGUAAAUGUCAGGUCUGUUCUAGUCUAUGUCAAGCAAUAACUGUCCGUGCAUAAAUCGAUUAGUCUGCUGUUGCUCAAGGCAGCAGCCCCAGGCAGCAUUUAAACGGGAUCCUUAGCAAGACAGAAUCCAGCAAAACCCCUUCCCCUCGAAAGCCAGGAGUCUCAUCUGCUACAUUUUUUUUUUAACCACCUCUGAUUUCCAACUUAGUGAUGUGGUAAUGAAAUUUGCUCGUCUUCAUUCCAUGAAGGAACAGCCUCUUGAGCUGGGUAUGGUGGCACCCAUCUGUGAGUCCAGCAUUUGGGUAUUGAGACAGCCUAGGGUACACAGGCACAAGACCCUGUCUCAACCAGAAAAGAAAAAUGUGUUUGCCAAAUCAUAACUCAGGGGCUUUGAACAGAGCUGUCUCUGUUUCAAUUGGCAUCCUUGCUCAUCCAUUCCUGUCUACCUCCCUUGUUAGUCUGGAUUCCUGGAGUUCUGUUCCCCACGUCCAAAGCCAGUGUCUACAUACAGCUGCCAUGCCCUUUCUGAACAAAGGCUGGAGUCGGCCAAUUGCAGUUCUUCUUGGCACAGAAACGCAAUUGGAAUAUUUACAAAUCAUAAUCAACAGAGCCCCAGGGGCAAAAUAGACAUUCUAUUUGUCAACUGUUGCUGCUGAGCCUGCUCGUGAGCACCAUUGCAAGUAGUUGCUAUCAAGCUUCUUCAUGAGUUAAAGUUAAGUUUUAGAAAGGAGAAAAGCAUAUAGCAGUCGUUUGGAAAGAUCUCGUGGGGUGGGACUAAGCCAUGCUCAGAACUGUGGUCUCUGUGGAGAACCUAGUACAGAGCCUGAGCAAGGCAGUGAACCACCUCCCUUUCCUCAUGGAUCACCACUGUUAAACUAUACCAGGCGUGAAAAGGGGCAUUUUCCAAAACAUACACAAAACACAACUUACUCUAUUUCCCCUCCAUUUUAGCAAAUGUAUUCUUGGCUCAUGGCACUGGCACCCAGCGCAUGGGCACCAGGUAGGCGUUCCUCGAGUGCCAACGGCGGGGCCUGCCCACCCCUGUCUUCCUUUCUGGGCAAGCUCCCAUUUUAAUUUUUCCCUGUUAAAAAUUGUACAGAUGUUUUCAACUCGUAACUAUUCCACCCUUCUCGCUGGUGUAUUUAGAAAACCACCACAGUCCGAUGUCCUGUGCCAUUUCUGUCAUUCCUGUUGAACAGACUCCUCCUGUCUGGUGACCACCUAUGCUUCAGUGCAUUUUCUAAACAAUUUCUCAAACUGAUCUGCUCCCAGGUGCUUUAUUACCACCAUCUCUGGUGACUUAGACUCAAAGUGGAGUGUUAUUCUUUCCCAAGAAUUCAUUUUAAGGGUUAGCUUUGAGUAUGUUAUUGUCCUUCUAUGACAAGACCAAAGGAACAAACUCCUUGGUGAAUCUGGAGUUCAGCUUUAGUUUUCAAACACAAUCUGAAAUCUGUUAGUAAAAUGAAUUCUGGGUAAAAAUGAGACUCAAGAGGCAUCACUGGCCAUUGCACCAGAUUAUUCCUGCUCACCAGUGAGAGGCGCUUAAGUCGCGCUGUGCAUCGUACCUUCAGUUUAGGCUGUUUUCAUGACCUCACAUCUGUGUAGCACAAAGGGUGUUAUCCUCCUAUAGCAGAUCAACAGUGGCAGCUCACAGUACCAGCCAGCUUUAGACCUCCCAGUGCAAAGCCCAGCGCAGCACUAAGCCUUAAGCCACCCAAGGGCUGACACACCAUGCAGAACUACGAAAUCUGUGCUGAGAAAAUGCCAUCUGGAAAGAUUUUUAACCCAUUCAUUCUUAGUGUGAAUUUUCUAAAAUAGAAGUAUUAAAGAAAUGUCUCUAUAAUCUGAUAGAAAACCGUCUUUUCCCAAGUGAAUUCCCUUUUAUUCAUGAGAACAAAAGUUCUUAGAUGCUAUCAAACCUUAAUUUCCCCAACUUUUAAAAUAAAAUGGAAUAUUUGCUGAAUGAAUUAAGCAUAGAAAAUGUCAACCCAUCAGAAUUAAAUUUAUACAUAUUGGUGGAUAAGUUCCUGUCUUCCCACAUCAGAGAAUUUUUUUUUUUUAACCAAAAUGGGCAGAAUAGCAUUUUGUAUGUUAGAGACCAUUCUUUUCUAGUCCUUCCAAACAUUCCUGUGUCACUUAAGAAUGUUAGUAGAGGUCGCUUCUUUGGAAAUUGAGGACUUUUUUUUUUUCCUUCGAAAGUAUGGCAUCUGAAGAACACAGUAUCAUGACUCGGGUGGAAAGGGAGGCAGAAGCCAUUUUUCUUUUAGAUGAAAAGCAUUCUGUGUGAUUGUUGUAUAAUAAAUUGAUUUUUACACUAAAA